CGCAACGUUGGAAAAACUAUAGAAGUCGCCUCUGAGGAAAUGCAUAAGACUUUCGUGAUUCUGAAACGGUUUUCCAGUUCAAAUCCUUUUAAGAGUCCCAACACAGCUUCUGCUGGAGUUUUCGAGGGGAGAGAAGGUUUUGGCAGAGCCUUUGAAUACGGUUGAUAUCAGUUGAAUAAACUCAGUCACGAAGCGAACGGCGACUGGGAAAGUUCAAGCGGUUUCAAGCGGUCCACAAAAAAAAAAAAAAUAAACGUAAGAAAAAGAAAAAUCGAAUAUACAAGAAAGCGAGCUUUCACGCAGUGAAUUUUUGGAAUAACAAAUUGAAAGGAAAGCCCCCGAAAGUGGAGCAAAAGUGGAAACCUUGAAAAGUGCAAGGAAAACGGAAAAGCUAAUUGAAAAUAACAAAGAUCAAGUAUUUGAAGUCUUGAAAAACCAAACUCAGUCAAAUUGUGCUCUGUGAUUUAGUGUGUAAUAUACGAGUGCGAGUAUAGCCACAACAACAACUGGCUUUCGUCCGCCUUGAUGAUCACAAAUUUCAAUUGAAUUUAAUCAAAAUCACAAGAAAAAGCCAGCGAGAGAAAUCGUAAAAAGCAAAAUAAACUAGGGAUUUAAUUUCGAGUGCCGCGCAAUGUGUUAUAGUCUCUGUGUGCAACAGUGAGUGACCGAGAAACUUAGAUCGGUGGCAGUUUUCCCCUCUCCCCACCCCACCCCUCACCACCGAGUGUCGAUUUCCAAAAAUGGGGAAAAUGGUCAGCGAGGAAAUGGCCACGGAUCCGGCGCUUUCGGAAAAGGUGGAACUAUCGCGAUUCGGAGAAUUCUGCCAGCGGCGCGGCAUUAAUCCCAACCUGAUAAUGCUGAAAAUAACCCUUUUCGUGAUGUACGGCGCGACCUCGUCCCUUCUGCCCUACCUGACGAUCCACAUGCAGUCGAUUGGCCUCACCGUGGAGGAGAUUGCAAUUAUCUACCUGGCCCUGCCCUUCACCACAUUUCUUAGCCCGCCCAUCACAGGCUUCCUCGUUGACAAAUUUGGCAAAUACAAACCGGUCGUUGUGAUGAGUCUGCUCCUGAAUGCGAUUUUCCAUCACUCGCUGCUCUUUAUACCGCAGCAGGAGAUUCCGGGCGUGGUGCCAUCGGCGUUCGUAUUGAGACAUCCAGACAGCGGCGAUAUUGAGGUCUGGUGGUCCCCCUGUCCGAGUCGGGAAUGUCCGGAGGAGCCGGAGCUGGAAUUGGCCGUGCAUCAGUGCGUCGACUAUUGUUUGAUGCAGGAGCAAGUUAAUCCGCAGCUUUACACGAAUACCCCGGCGUAUGACGUCCGUCCGGUGGGGAGCAGCACCACCCAGAGAUCCCAGCUAACGGCAACCACAACAAGGACGACCUCGACCACGACCACGACCAUCGCCGCAAUGGAACCCUCCUCGGAUUCGAGCACUUCGCCGGCCCCAACCACAUCGACCACCGCAUCGCCGGCGUCAUCAUUGCCGGCAUUAUUCGCAACGCAAACGAGGAGCAGAUACCAAGAAGUACUUAAUAUGUCAGCGACCAUGUUCCCGCCGAUGUCCCAGCUGAAGGAUCCCGCUCCCGACCAGUCCAUUGGUCCAUCGUCGUCAGCCGAACUGUCGGCCAUGUCCAUGCAGGGAUUGAAUUUGACAGAUAACAAAAGCCAGAAGAAGGCGCCUUGGAGCAGCUGGGUGCACUCGGAUAAUGACGACGCCACCUACUUCAUGCUGCAGAUGCAUCCCGAUCUCGCGGAUCCCACGGAGCAACUGGGAAUGGAGAUCGAGCAGGACGCGAACGAGACGGUCACCGACAUCCUGCAGAGAUUCGGUCACGACUAUCUGGUCAGGGGUAAGAUAAACCUCACCGACAUGGACGAUCUGGAUCUGAGGUGCGGCGGCUUGGUUCGUCGCACCAACAUGUCGAACUUGGGAUCCGGAGCUGUGAAAUGCAUGAUGCAACGUUGCACUUUCACCAUGAAUGCCCCGGAAAUCUGUCCACCCGACUACAAAGAAACCGAUGAGAUCAUCUUUUGGGUGUACUUCCUCCUGAGAUUUUUGGCCACCACAAUGCUGUCAGCGGGAGUCACCAUCAUGGAUCCGAUUGCACUGACAAUGAUUGAGAAGUACGGCGGUGAUUUUGGACGCGAGCGUCUGUUCUCCAGCAUCGGCAUGGCCAUAUUCUCCCCGAUAACGGGCAUUAUGAUUGAUUACUCCUCGCGGGGAUUGGGCUACACGGACUACUCGGCGGCCUUCUACACGUACGAUGUCCUCCUCGUCAUAUCCACGAUGUCGGUGCUGAUGAUGCCGCUCGGCGAGAAGCUGCCGGCGGACAAUGUGUUCCGGGAUCUGUGGAAUCUGCUGAAGAUGCCCCACGUGAUUGCCUUCAUCUGUUUCCUGUUUGUGCUCGGCAAUUUCUGGGGCUUCAUCGAGAGUUUCCUCUUCCUGUACCUCAAGGAACUGGGAGCUCCAAACUAUCUCUUGGGUAUCACCAUCACUGUGGGCACUGUAAGCAGCAUUCCCUUCCUCUACGGAGCGGAGAAAAUCACACGUAUCUUUGGGCACGUUAACUUGAUUAUCAUCGCGUUUUUCUCGCACGCCGGUCGAUUGGUUGGCUACUCCUUCAUCGAGAAUGCCUGGUGGUGUUUUCCGUUCGAGGCCAUGGAGUCCUUAUCCUGCCAUCUGAUGUGGGUCGCGGCGGCCACCUACUGCUCCAUUCUUGCCCCGAAAAGUUUGCUGGCCACGUUGAUUGGUGUUUUGGGCAUGGCCCACUUCAGUUUGGGACGCGGCAGUGGCAGCUUCACUGGAGGACUCCUCAUCGGUCAGUUCGGCACUCGAGAUGCCUUCCGGUACAUGGGAUUACUGGCGGUGGUGGGCGGCAUUGCCUACGGACUACUCCAUCUGAUUUGGCUGCGCAAAUUCGAUCACACGACGGAGGAGUCCGAGGAGGAGGUGGAGGCGGCGGAGGCCGGCGAGACGGAGAAGCUCACAGAGCCCGCCACCAAGGAGCAGGGCACUUCGAUGUCCUUGGAGCGGCUGAGCCUGAUGAUUAAGUACAAUCAGAUUGGCAGUCUCUCAUCGCUGCCAAGAGGAUCGCGGGCCGAUAUCCAUGACCAUCUGUCGGUGCGUCGCAGCAGCUACAAUGUAGAGUCCUUGCGAGGGGUUCCGCGGCACGGGAACAUCGGCAGCGCCUCCAAGGUGGACAUCCUGCGCUCGGCGCUGGAGAUUAAUCACAAGUCCUCGAACAAUUCGAUGCUGAGCAAGGCCGAUAACAAGACGUCGAAUCAAUCAUUGGGCCGCAAUCGGGCCGACAGUGCCCCGAAAUUGAAUCACAGCAAUCUGAAGAACAUCUCGCAGCCAGCUUUGGAGGGCGUGGUCCUGGAGGGCGUGGAAUCAACAUUUUUUCCCAGCCGCAUGAAAAAGUAUCCAAGUGGUUUGUUAACUUCAAUACCCGCUGUGGAUUUAUCCGUAAUACCCAGCUCCAUGUUAAUGGAUCAGGAGGGUCGCAAGGUCAUUCCUGAGGAGACGGAGCUGCACGCCUCGAAGACCACCGUGAAUUUGGGGGAGGAGAAGGCGGAGUCGCCGCCUCCUCAGCAGCAACAAAAAGCAAAUGGAAAUGGGAAAAGUCCUCCCCAGCAGCAGCAGCAGCAGCAGGAGGAUAAAAAAUCGGAUGCCACUUGAUGGACUGCCAACCCAAUUCGCUGACCUGCCACACGUGGCGUAUGAGUGAUAUUAAUAAACCAAAAGUGAAUGGAACGAAGAGAAAAUCAAAUUGAUAAACGAAAACUAUUGUUUAGUUGUACAUGUGUGUGUUAUGUUAUAUAAAUGUAUAUGUCUUUGUAUAAAUUAUGCAAAAAGCGAAAACUGAAUAAACAAAAACUGUUGAAAAGACCGGCAAA